AAAAACACAGCAAUCCAAAUUCCAAACUCCAACAAAACAUCAAUGGCGGCAGCUAAGCCAUUGCCGUCAUCCCUUCACACUCACAAAAUUCUCUCUUCAUGCAACCAAAUUUUACCUUCGCUCCUCCAUUUCCGUCAACAUUACAGCAACCCAAAAAGCCAACAACCACAAAGGCGAAGAAAACACUCAAGCUCCUUAGAUGGCGCCUACGGCUUGGCUAUCAAAGCUUACAUGGAAAACCCAAACUCCAUCUCUGGUUUCGCAAACAAAGUCAUUGGCUCUCUCCCUAUAGUCGGCCUUGUCGCUAGGAUUUUCAGUGAUGAAGGCGGUGUUGGUGGGGAUAUCAUUGAUUUUGCUGAGUUUAGAAGAAGGGUGGGCAAGAAAUGUACUGUUACUGAUUCUAGAGCCUUUUACGAGUUCCAAGAAAGGAGAGGCCGGGCAGGGGAUCCUUUGUAUGUUCUGCUAUCAUGUUGGCUAGCAGCUGUGGGCGCUGGUCUUCUUAAAUCUGAGGAGAUAUUGGAGGGGGUGGCAAGGCUUCGGAUUUCCAAUGAUAUCGAAUUCGAAGAGCAGAAUUUUAUUGCAAUGAUGAAUGAAGCAAGAGAGAGGCGAGCUAAGUUGAAUGCGGAUGCCCCAACUCUUCCCAUGGAGAUUAGAGCCGAAAAGGCUGUUGAUGCCAUUUACGUCUGUUGCUUCGGGAGAGACCCGAUAGAAGAGGAAGACGAGAGCUUGCUAAAUAUCAUGCUAUGUGCAGUUUUCCCAACCGUCAAGCGAUCAAUGAUACAAAGAAUCAUCAAGGACAAAGCAAUAAAAGUAGCAGAAGGUGGUGAUGAUGCAGACAUCGUUCCAGAACCAAAGCCAUUAUCAAAGGAAGCUGUACAAAUGCAAAUGAAAGACCUUGAAUUCCUUAAACAAAACACGGAGACAUGAAAGAACUGAUUUUAACGAAAAAAUUGGAGUCGGUUCGCUUCUUCGAACUGCACUUGGAUGGUAUCGGAAAAUGAAGCUAAGAAAAUGGCUCCAUAUUGAAACCAUCCAACACUUGAGUUUCAGAUUGCACUCAAUGGCAGAUAAAUCAUAGGUUUACUGGGUCUUCCAUAUGUUUUGUUUCUUCUAGUUUGAGUUGAAACUCAUUUUUAGGGUGUAACCAUUAAAGGCAACAGUUUGCGAGUGAAAUACAAGUUCAUAGCAAUGUUUUUGGAA